AUGUCUGGACAACGGUCAAUCGCCUUUGCUGGCCUUGGACGUAUCGAUGUCCAUCACCAUUGUUUUCCUGGAACUGUCCCGGAGUUAAAGUCCGAGUUUGAGGACAAUUCUUACAAUCUCAACUAUUCCCCCUUCCCCUCCACGCCACAAGAACAUAUCAAGUAUAUGGAUGAAGUUGGCAUUCAGACUGCUGUAAUUACUCCAUCUAUCAAGUCCGAAUGGCACAACGGCUACACGGCCCCUAAGUUCCUCGAGCUGUGCCGCAGGUCCUUCCAAGCCCAGCUUGAAUAUGUUUUUUUUAACCCUCUUCGAUUUGGCUGUUUCGCUGUUCUCCCGCUGCCGCAUAUCCAGGAAACAAUAACCUUUAUUCGCGAAACAUCCUCCGCUCCAACACCCCCGGAUGGUUUCGCUGUGACCACCGCUAUGGGCCAGCGCUAUCUUGGUGAUCCCGCUUUCGAGCCUGUUUGGGCUGAGAUCAACAAGCUGCGAGCGGUCGUCUUCAUCCAUCCAGCGGACACUGUCAUGCCUGAGUACCUAAACUUUGGCCCAUUCGUCCAGGAAUUCCCCUUCGACACCGCUCGUGCCAUUACAAGCAUCAUCCACUCCAGUGUCCUCGUCCGCCAACCGGAUAUCCGCUUCCUCUUCUCCCACAACGGCGGCGCGUUUCCGUACCUGGCUGACAGGAUCGGCCGUCAGCAUCUUGACAAUGUCGUCACCAAAAAAAACGAGGGUUUGACAAUGCGCGAUAUCCUGGCCACGAAGAAUAUUUACUUCGACACCAGCAUCUCCUCCCCGAUGCAGUACCCUAUCAUCAAAGAUCUCGGUAUCCCGUCGAAGCGUCUGCUCUACGCAACUGACUAUCCGUACACAAAGCGCGAUGACAAUAUCACUUAUUUGGACGGCUACAAUGCGCCCAAGGAUUCCGGUCUUUAUAAUGAUGCGGAGAUGGAGGGCAUUCUUCGUGAAAAUUCCCUAGAGCUGUUCCCCCGCCUUGCGAAAUUGUAUGCUGCGCUUCGUUAG